AUGUCAUUUGGUUCAGUAAACACAUUCCAACAAUAUUCUGAUGAUUUUGGCUUAGGUCAUAAUGGAGUUCGAAUCUCAUUCAACUAUUUUGAUGGUCUUCCAGAACAAUCUUUAAUUAAUGCUUUACAAUCGAAUGAAUUGAUUUUGAUAUUCAAGUCAUUGUUGAAAAGAGAUGUAACCACUAAAGAAAAGGCCUUAAAUGAAUUAAUGGAAUUUAUUAACAACUUCUCAAUCAAUCAAAAAUUGUUAGAAAGUGAUAUAUUCAUAAUAUGUUGGUCUCAAGUUUAUGCGAAAUUACUGGUGAGUGAAUCAAAAAACAUUAGAAAUUUAUCACAUCAAGUCACAAUCAAAUUAAUGAAAUUAAUGAAUAAAAAAAUUGGUAAAUUUUUGAAAGAUUUGAUCCCAUUCGUUUUAUUAGGAUUUUUUGAUGUAGAUAAUUCAAUUUGUCAAACAUGUCAAGUGUCUUUAUUAGAUUGUUUUAAUAAUGAUAAAAAAAAGAUUAGCGUUUUAUGGAAUGUAUUUCAUGAACAGAUUUUGAAUUUAAUAAGACAAUCAAUUGUUUUGGAAAAUGAAAAAACCUUAUCAGAUGAAAAUUUUAUUGAUAAAGAUUUAUCGCAAUUGAGAUAUGAUAGAUUAUUUACAAGUUCUGUUAAACUAUUAAACAACCUUUUAUUGGAAAAUUCAGAAGAUAAUACGAAAAUUAAGAAGUUUAAAAGUGAAUAUAAAGAAAUUUUAAGUAAUGAACAAUUAUGGAACCAAUUGACCUUUAAAUCUUUAAAUAAUUUGAAAUCAAGUGAAUCUUUAUUGAUUUUAGUUAAAACACUUUUUGAUAUUAAAUAUUUACCCACCCAUAAGGAGGUUCUAAAAUUUUUCUCAAAACGUUUAUUAAAAGUACUACCUCAAAUAAAUUCAAAAAAUGCAAUGUCAUUUUCUAUUCAUUUUAGCCUAAUUAUUGAUGUAUUGACACUAUUAGAUGAUUAUAAAGAUGGGAAAGUUUGGUCGUACGAUAAGUCUUCUAAAUCAAAAUUAUUUGAUUUCUUGACGAUUGCAUCUUUAAACCCUGUUCCUGGCGUUUUUGAAGCUAUCUUCAAAUUCUAUGUCAAGACAAAAGAACAAAAUCUACUGGAUCGUGAUACUCAAUGGACUGUAUUAUGGUCAAACGCUCUAAAUUCAAUGAAUGAUAAAACAUUCCUAGGGAGAUACGGCGCUCAAGUAUAUUUUGAAUAUUGGAAAUUUUAUUUACCCUUCUUGGACAAUGAUGAAUUGAUCAGAGAUGAAAUUGCCAAGAGCUUUACUAAUAAAAAGUUAGUUAAUCAAUUUCCUGGACUUGUCUCACUAUUCACACAACACUUGAAGAGUGACUUCGUUCUUGAAGAAAUAAAUAAAUCUUUCUCCAUUCAAACUAUUGAUGCAUCAGUUAAAUCUAAAUUAAUCCAAAAUUUGACGAUCAUGCUACUAUCUUUUAAAAAUGCUGAGAAUGAACUCCAUUCACUUUGUGAGUUUUGUUUGAACAUUGCUUUAUCAGAUCCGACCCAAUUAGAAGGAAAUAAUUCUGAUGUAAUAGAACUUUAUCGUAUCCUUAUUAAAUCAAAUGUAUCUUUCUUAUAUGCUGACAUCGAGAAGUUCUUUAAUAAAGUUCAAAAUAUGAUCUCAAGCUCGAACUUUAACAAUCUUUCAAAUCUACUAAUUUUGUAUUCGAAUUCAUCAAACUUCACAGAAGAAUCUUACAAAUCAGAACAAGUCAAGGUUUUCCAGGCUUUUUUCGAUACCAGCCGUUCACUAGAUCUCACCCCUCAGGUUAUAUACGAUAUGCUGAGCAAAGUCAAUAAACAUAUUCUUCACUCAAUAUUAUCCUCACCAGAAUCUAAAAUUUCGGAAUAUGUUCUAAAUUUUAUUAGAUCCUAUAAUUUUGAAGACGACGGUCAUUUUAUGGAAAGCCAUUUGAUAACAGAAGCAAACAUAAUAGAAUUAUACAGAUCUGCAUUGACUUGUGGACAAAUUCCAAUUUUUUGCAAGUAUCUAUCACAAAUGAGUCCUGCAUGCACCAACCUAUUAUUUACUAAUUCUGAUUUUUUGGAGACUUCAUAUCUAAAACAUUCUGACGAAACUUCUGAUUUGAUAUUUAACAUUGCUAUAUCUUCAGUUAAAGAUGACGAUGGACUUUCUUUAUCCCUUGCCAAAGCUAUAAUUAGAGAAGCCAAGGAAUCUUUUGAUAAAACAAAGAAACUUUAUUUGGAACAUGCUGUUAAAUUAAUCAAUACUAAUGUGACUACUGUAUUAAAAGAAUUUUUCCCUAGUGAUGUUACCAAGUUAAUUGAUCAAUAUAUUUGUAAUAUUGAUGAAAGAGUAGCACUUGUAAAUGUAUUAAAGAUGAAUUCGCACCUAUUAUCACUACCUUUAGCCUCUACCACAAUUUCUGAUGUAGAAGAGUUAAUUAGAUUUGGUUUAUUUUUGGACUCUCUUGUUGAAAAAGUUCCAGAUUUUAAGAACGAUCGUAUUCAGUAUCUUUUAACAUUGAUAUUUGAAAUUGCAUCUGAUUUCAAUUGCAUAUCCGAUAAUCCAGUAGAUACUUACAUUUCUUUCAACAAUACAAUUUUCAAGGCAGAUUCUGUUACAGUAAAUUUUGAAGAAGUGGUAGACUGCUUAAUGACAGGAAAAAGCUAUGAAGAUACCUGCCCAUUAAUCGAUUUGUUGAUUAAUCAUGAAAAAAAAUCAAACCCAGUUGUUCUGUAUUAUUGGUCAAAGGCAUUAUUUGAACUUCUAUUAAACGCUGUGGAUUCUAUAUCUAUUUCCAAAUUAAAAGGAUUACUUCCAACAUUGGAAAAGUUCAUUUCGAAAACUAUCAGAUCCAAGAGCAAUGAAGAACUUGAAUAUUCCUUUAUGGUUUCAGCAGUUGUCUUAAUGAGCUUAGAAAAGUUCACUAAUAGCGAAGAAUUUACAAGGCUAAGGACAUUAUUGGCGUCCGAAUUAAUUGGUACAAAUGGAACAGAGUUGGUUAAUAGUGGCUAUAAAUCAGUCAUAUUAUUAACAAAUUUAUUACACGUAAAUGGAGCCAAGGAUGACUUCACUCCGAUUGCUCCUCAAAGACUAAAUAUGGUUAUUAAUUCAAUAAGUAAAAUAUUGGAUACAGACCUAAUUUAUGAGGAAAGCUUUAGUGUAGUAAGACUUUCAAUUUUAAACUUCUUUGAUCAGUUAUUGCGUUUUCCUGCAUUACAAAAUAUUGAUCAUUCGGUUAUUAUCAGGUUUAUUGCUGACUCACUAUCAAUGUGUCAAUUAGACGAUACGCCUUAUUUACUCGAAUUACGUUACACUUGUUUAAAAUCUUAUGAAAGAAUACAGAAAUUCGAAACAGAGUACCAAUCAAGUGAAUAUGUUUUAGAAAUAUCUGAUAGUUUGAUUGAACUAUGUUUAAUCGAGUUUCCAAAUGAAGGUAAAAAUCAAAUUUCUAUGAAUUUUUACAAUCUAUUAUCUAAGAUUAUCUUUUCGGUGAAUACCAAGACUUUGAUUGAAUUUUAUGACAGAUUUUUAGAAAGAUUUUUACAGGAUAAGAAAGAACAGUACAAUAAUCAAAAUCGACUAUUGGUCAUUAUUUUGGAGAAAUUAAUCCAUGUCAAACAACAAGAUGCUAUUGUUGAAUAUGAGUUUAGGAAACAAGAUUUGCAGAAUUCCAUAAAGCAAUCGGAUGAUGAUUCUGACAAUGAUGAAAAUAGUGAUGAAUCUCAUGGUUUAACAUCUGGGUUUGAAUUACCGCAGUUAUUAGUUGACAAUUUAAAGAAGAAUGUUCCUCAAGAGUACUUGGAAUAUGAGAAUGAAAUCAGUUACAUUAACUAUCUAUGGGAUUGGCACUUAUCUCUAAGUUUUUUCCAAGAUAUAUCAUAUAAUUUACGCCAAUUGUAUAUCGAGCAAUUAAAAAAAGAUAACUUAAUCGAUAUAAUUUAUAACUUCAUAGGUGACCAAGUCGAUUUGGAGGAUACUGAGUUUUGGAAAGAACUCGAAAAUGAUUCAAUUGUGAAUUAUAGAGUCGAUGGCGAACAAUUCUCACCAUACAAGGAUGAUAUAAUGAAUGAAUGCAAAAUUUUACUAGUCCAUUUAACUUAUAAAUUAUUCAUAAAUUUUGGUGCAAUCACCAGUAAUUGGUUUUUGAAUAUUAAGGAUAGAUCAUUACAGAAUAAAAUAGAGAAGUUUGUUUCUACUUAUGUUUCCCCGAUUUUAAUUUUACAUGAAUUGCAAGAUGUUUCCUCUAAGAUGGAUCGUUUAACUUCAAAGGAUGAUUCAUUGGAUAUUAAAAUAAAUGAAGUUACAAAGGAAGUCAAGGCAAGAUACUUGAUUGAUGAACAAAAAUUAGAGAUAUCGUUCAAACUUCCUUCCAACUACCCAUUAACAAACGUUCAGGUAAUAGGCGUUUCUCGAGUAGGAAUUAGCGAGCAAAAAUGGAAGCAGUGGAUUAUGUCAACUCAAAGUGUGAUUACGAAUAUGAACGGCUCUGUAAUGGACUCUUUAGAAUUGUUCACUAAAAACGUCAACUUGCAAUUUUCAGGUUUUGAAGAAUGUGCAAUCUGUUAUUCGAUUCUGCAUGCUGUGGAUAGAAAAUUGCCAACAAAGACUUGUCCAACAUGUCGUAACAAAUUCCAUGGCGCAUGUUUAUACAAAUGGUUCAGAUCAUCCGGUAACAACACAUGUCCAAUGUGUCGUUCAGAGAUUGCAAUCAGAAGAUAA